AGUCACUUUGCACCAUGCAUCUAACGAGAAUACAUCUUUAUCACAAUUUUAUUUGAAUAUCCUUCUUUUUGAUGUGCUUGGUUACGUGAUAAUUGACAAGGAAAGUCGGUGCAUUUAAAUUACCCGUUACUUGUUUUGUGAUAAUUAUUCAUCGUAAGGGCAUUUCUUCUCCAAAUUUUUAGUGCUAAUUCGCCAAUAAAUUAAGUGGAACUCUCGCUAAAGUGGAAUGGAUUACACAUGCCAAUCAAUUCUAAGAACUUAAUUUCGAAAUGCAAGGUAUGUUAUGUAUACCUGAUGGUCACAUACAGACAGGAUCGUCACCACCUUAUAGGAGUGUUCCCCAAACGAGCAUGGACUUAUCUUCAGAACUAGAUUUAAAAACCAAAGACUAUCGAAGAAACCAAAGUAACACUAGCGAUUCCGGUAUAUUAUCGGGAACCGGAAAUUCUACUUCAAUCGAAAUGGAGCGUACGAAUCAUUCGGAAAAUGACGACACUGACAAUCGAAGCAAUAGCAAUUCUCCAGAUCGCAAAUAUUUAUGCCCAAUUUGCGAAACCAUGCUUACAUCCCAACACGAAUUCACUAUCCAUAUCAGAUCUCACAAUAACGAAACGGAAGUGCAGGAUUCAGAGAAAGGCUUCACAUGUCGUAUUUGUUUUAAAGUACUUAGUUCGAACGCGAGUCUAGAUAGACAUAUGCUAAUACACAGCGGAGAGAGACCUUUUACAUGCCAAUACUGUGGGGAUACGUUUACCACCAACGGAAACAUGCACAGGCAUAUGCGAACCCACACCAAUAAAGUUGAAAAUUACGAAUCUGAUGGAAGUACAAAUAGUGUCGGCAGUAGCGGUUCUAAAAUUGAAUACAAUAACAAUAAAAUAACAACGAAGAACGAUGACGGUUUCGUAGAUAAUAAACGGAAGAACUCGAGUUUCGAUUAUGAGGAGCCUUACAAACGUACUCGAAUUAAAUUAGAGAAUACAUUCAACAAUAUUGACGUCCACGUUUAUGGAUGCCCUGUUUGCGAACGUAACGAUUUUAAUUCAAUUGACAUGCUACAGAUUCACCUUGAAGAUAAUCAUCCCGAUUAUCCAGCAAAAUGCAAUAAAUGUAGUCAAACAUUCAACAAUAACAAACUUUUGCACGAACACAGGGUUAUGGUUCAUUUAAACGACGAAAGACUGCAAAAAAGUUCCGUGGUUGGCUUCAAAGAUUUAACGUUUGUCGAUUUUUCCAGUCAAAAGUUCCCGUACAUAGCCAAAUACGAGUGCGAAAAGAACUUACAUAAAGUGACCGGAGGUUUGAAAUUUCAAUGCAGUAAAUGCUCACGAGCGUUUCCCUGUGCCAGCUCCCUUCAAAUUCAUCAGUCGGAUUGCGUUGUCGGUUUAGAUCUGUCCAAAAAGGACGGUACUAACAACAAGAUGAGUCCCGAUUUGCGCCGAAAUGAUUUUUUUGCCAGGCUCGAUUUGCAGGAUAACUCCGUCAAUAAGCACGAACCGACACUUGAGAAGAUAAUUAAAUCUUCCACUGCGCCAUCUGCCGAUGGUAAAGAUUUGGCAGAUAUUCAGACUAUAAUUUCCAUGACUACUAAUGGCACUUUACUGCAGCAACUUCAAGCGAAACCUCACGACGGAAAUUCCAUGUUCCGCUCAUACAGCGAAAAUGACGAGAAUGGAAAGCAAGAAAAUGAUGAAGAAUCCCAGGACUUUUUUGCUGCGGAGUUUAGAAAAAUGAAAGUGCGUGGGGAAUUUCCAUGCCGUCUCUGUACGGCCGUUUUUCCGAAUUUACGUGCACUGAAAGGACACAAUCGUCAGCAUCUUAGCGGAAAUAACAAUGGUACUUAUAGAUGCAAUAUGUGUCCCCAUUCUUCCAUAGAUAAAGCCGCUCUCAUUCGUCAUAUGCGAACGCAUAAUGGUGACCGACCAUAUGAGUGUUCUCUGUGUAACUACGCUUUUACGACGAAAGCAAAUUGCGAGCGACAUUUACGGAAUCGCCAUGCGAAAACAACACGCGAAGAAGUAAAAAAAUCGAUAAUAUAUCACCCGUCGGAAGAUCCGAGUAAUGAAGAAAUUUCGAAAAUGCUGGCUCGCGAAGAUAAAUUAAGCUUGUCUUCGAAAGAAAUCGUAGAAAACAUGCAAGAAAGCACUAAAAUAGCUGGAAAUGACAACUACUUACCGACUCCAGAUCUUCCAAAACUGCUCCCAGACAAACUGUCUUCGAAUGGCCCUUCUGCUUACAAUCUGAAUGCUCACCACUCUCUCGGUCGGCUGGAAAUAAAAAGUAUAAAGCACAAUGAUUCCUCAAACUCAAUCGAAUGUACAACACCAACUAGCGAUCACUUACCAUACAUGCCGCAUUUCAACUUUUCUCCUAAAAUCGCCAACGUUUCAACUCCGCAUAAACAACCCCUGAAAAUAAACGUAAAAAAUUUAGAAACACUACAAAACACCGAAUUUCCCAGCCCGAAGAGUUAUGCCAAACAAGAAGUGAAUCAUUACGAUGUGGAUGUGGAUGAAGAGUCCACAGAUAUGGCUUUAGAUUUGAGUACCAAAAGAACAGAAGUUGCACCAAUAGAAAAUAAACCCGUCACCGAAGACUUACCUCAGGAUCUAUCUAAAAAAUCAACGGAACAACCGCACCACAUGAGCGAAAUCCUUGCAAGGCAGCUGUUAAAAAACACACCAAAGAUCGAUCCUGCCGGACUAUACGCAUCUCAAUUGGCAUUCUACCGGAACGGAUUUUCCGGCCUUCAUGGCUUACCGCCGUGGCCAUUCUCACUAAAUCCGCUAUUUUUCCAAUCGCUUCCCUCGCCUUUAAUACCUCAAGACCCCCAAGAAAUCAAAGAACGUUUACAAAGACUGCAAUUAUGCGGAGGUGGUAUGGUCAUGGACAACUUUACUGAACGACUAAAAAGUUUCCAACAGCCGCCGCCUAGUCCCGCCAUAAACUCGUUCAAUUACGCAAUGAACGAGGUCAAACCUGAACUGAAUUCGCACGAUUUCGCCAACAAGUCCGAAGAACUGAAACCUCUAAGUCUGUCUGUUGAACCUAACCUAUCCGAUAACAUAAUGAAAAUGCAAAAUCCUCUUUCGACAAGCAAACCCGAUCAGUUAGGAUCUCCCAAUUCGGUCAAAAUGGUGAUCAAGAACGGCGUGCUCAUGCCUAAACAAAAGCAAAGGCGGUAUCGUACAGAACGGCCCUUCUCAUGCGAAUACUGCUCUGCAAGAUUUACCUUGAGGUCGAACAUGGAACGUCACAUAAAGCAACAACACCCACAGUAUUGGUCUCAGCGACAGAGAACCAACCUCGGUGGUGGAACUCGCAAGUCGAGCAACGGUACCCCUCGAAAUAAUUUUAAUAACAUAAGUAUUCCCAAUUAUGAAACUCCCAUCAAAUCCGAAUACAACGACAUUAAAGACAAUCACAUAUCAGCGAAACUCAAGUACGCCAUCUUAGCGCAACACUUGAAGGAUUACAAGACAUCGAAUAAGCGUAGCAAGGAUCAUGAAGACGAAGAUUACCCCCUAAUUAUAGACGAGAACGAGGAGAAGUGCGAAAACUUAUCCGUUUCGACUCACGAAAGCGCCAAUCGAAUACUGAAUGAUAACUCGGAGAACGCUCCAAGCACAAAUUUUAAUAAAAACGAAGACGCUCAAGAUUUGGUUUCCGUAUCUCGUUUAUUGGAUAAUGCUUCUCAGCAACCGUUUAAGGAGUAUUUCCAUAGAGAUGCCGAAGGACGGGAAGGAGUUAUUAGCGAGGAGGACGAGGAGGGUUUGAUUGCCAGUAGCAGUACAAGUGACGGAAAUAACUCGGGGACUGAUGAAAAUAGAUCGGAGUACGAAAACACAACGGCUCAACUUCCCGCCAAGAAAAAAUCUGCGUAUUCCUUAGCGCCCAACCGUGUCAGUUGUCCGUACUGCCAACGCAAAUUUCCAUGGACGUCUUCCUUACGCAGACACGUAUUAACACACACCGGCCAAAAGCCAUUCAAGUGCAGUCAUUGUCCGCUAUUGUUUACCACCAAAUCAAAUUGUGACCGCCACUUGUUGCGUAAGCAUGGCAAUUCUGCAAGUGCCAUCAGUAACGACCCCGCCAACGUGAACAGUAAUUACAUGAUGCGAAACGUACCAGAACGGCCAUUUAAAUGCUCCAGCUGUCCCAGCAGCACGUUUUCCACAUACUCGAACCUAAAGAAGCACAUAAGCUGUAAACACUCAUUCCAAAACAUCCCAAGCGACGACGCGCGAUCUCAAGUUUCCACAGGAUACGAAGCGGGCAGCUCCGAGGACGAAAAAAUGCCGCCCAACGACCCAAAAACUGAUUGGGACAAACAGAUUACAACCAACAACAAAUCAGAAAUUCAAAAUCACCUGCAAAAUUCAGAGUUGCCUUUCAAAUGCCAUCUGUGUGACAGUUCUUUUGGGGAGCGAAGUGAUGCUUUAGAUCACAUUAAAGAGAGGCACCAGUCCGAGUACGAACUGCUCCUGUCAAAAAACGCCCUCGAUGCCAACGCGACCACGCCCGAUGAAAAUCCCAACCACGACGAAAAUGAGGACAACGAAGUUCGGGGAAAGUUUCCCGAUUAUGCCAAUCGAAAAGUGAUAUGCGCGUUUUGUAUGCGACGUUUUUGGUCCGCCGAAGACCUGAGACGCCAUAUGCGAACGCAUACCGGAGAACGUCCCUUUAGUUGCGACAUCUGCCAUCGUAGAUUCACGCUGAAGCACAGCAUGUUGCGGCACCGCAAGAAGCACAACGUCACAUUCGAAAUCGACAACGUCAACAGCGACGAGGACGUUAACAACGCCCACCCCGCGCCCUCUUUUAAUAAGUUUGUGAAGGGUAACAACAACAAUUUAGUAGGUAAGUCUGUAGAGAAAACGGAUGAGUCUGAUGGUGCGGAAGGUAGUGAUUUGAUUAGUAAUUUAUUAGGUAUUAGAGAUCGUUCUAUUAUCGAUCAGGUUUUAACUUCUUCUGCAGACGAUGCUGCUAAAUUGUUGGGUGUUAAGGGUGGUGAGCAAGAGUAGACUUUUAAAAGCUGGACCUGUUGUACUUAUUGCAAGCUCUAGUCAUAAUUCCAUUGACAAUGUGACACUUCUCAAGCUAGCGCUUGUGAAGUUUCACAUAGAACAAUUUAGAAGUUAUUGAAGACGAAUGCUGUAGCAUUUUGUAGCCAUUUGGUAUUUAAAUGUAGAAGAUUUUAGUAUUGACUGCAUUAGUGUGUUGUUUUUAAGUUUUAAUUGAAAGUUAUUGGGUAGUAAACAUAUAUUUAUUUUAUAACUAUAAUUUUUGUACAUAUCUAUAUGCAAGUACAGCCUAGUAAACCAAAUAUUAACGGCAAAUGGUACGACGGUAUUGGUCAGUAGAUCGGGACGCGGUAAUACAUAUAGAAAUCAAAAUUUUGUACAAAAUUAUAUUUUUAUUAUUUAUUUAUAAGAUGUAAUCUGCAUUCCUUUGUGAGAAUUAAUCUCCCUAAAUUAUAUACUUUGUAAGUGUGGUUGUUUUGUGAUACUAGCCGAAUUUACUGUAUUAAGUUAAUCUCGCGAAUUAUAUUUUAGUCCUAUCAUUUGCCUUAUAAGAUUUUUUUAUAUACAUAAUAAUAUGUAACAUGUUAGUUAUAUAGAUUGAUUGAAAAAUUGCUCUUAUAGAGUUAUUUUAAAGUAAGGGUUGAACUACGUAGUAUCAGUGUUUUGCCUUAUCUUAACUAAAGUGUCUUAUAAAUGCCUUUAGAAUUGCGACUGUACACUGUAAACAAGCAAUAUAUAUCGAAUGUAUUAACUUCCUGUAAAUUCAAUAUAGAUGAUGUAAAAAUAUGUGCUUCAAAAGCGACAUCACUAUCAAAAGUUCUCUAGAUGUACGCAUGAGUAUUUCUAGACUUAUUAUUAUAUUUAAAUGACACAUAAUUAUCACCGUCUUUUGGAAGUGCACUUAUAUAAAACUUAGAAUGCCUUAAGAUUUUUUACAAUUAUCUUGUCCACGCGUUUCAAACAAAGAGGUGAGCACGAGAGGUUUUUAUUCUUUUGAUAAUUUUUGAAAUUGAUGUUAGAUCGUAUGAAAAUUUUGGUCACAUUGUACUUGUAAAUGAUAAUCGGUAAUCAUGUAAAUUAUUUAUUUUUUAAAAUAUCAUUUUAAACAAAUUUCGUCCGACUUAUGUUCUACUUAGAAUUAUAUUAUUGCUUGGUAUCUCUGUGUAUUUGUUCAAAUAUCUUAUUUUUCAAUAAAUGAUGCUCAAUAGAAACGAAAA